AUGUUAGAUGAACCCAUGGACCCAGCUUACAUAUGGCCACUAGUCUUGCUGGCCGACCUAUCUGCACCGAGCCAAGCGAUGCUUAUUGGGCGUAUCCAGCAGACACUCAAUGACGACCUCGAACUUCGUUCUGACGACUACUUUGGGGCCGCUUUCCAAGAGGGUGUCACUGAAGUCAAGGUUCGUCCAUGGUCCCCACCUCCUCGGCUUCUCGAAUCUAUUGCUCGACAAGGUCCAUGCCGGGAUAGCCAAAGCAACCUUCAUGCCCUCGCUGUGCUAGCAUACCGAUCCGGUCGACCAAGAAUCAUCGUGGCGGAUGAAGCGACCAAACGUCAACUAUCAGGGAAAUAUCUGCCGGACGCUGACUUGAUGUCAGGCGUCAUUUCAAUAAUCCUCUUAUCUACAUGUCGUGAUACCCAAUCAGAUAGAUUGUCUGUAUUCGCAAGGCGUGCUAUUUGCUCCGCUCAAAAAGAAAUGUUCAAUCUCGACGACAUAGAUUUCCUAUGGAGUGACCAUGACCCUCAACCAAGCGGGUUCAGAUCCGUCCACAAAGCUUGGGGACCUUUGUGGGCUCAUGCGAUAGGGUGGAGGGGAUUGACAAUGCAUGACCCCAAUCAAGAACCAUUCACAUCCAGACCAGGGGAUAUAGCAGGAAGAGAGUACUAUGCCAACGCGGUGGUGACUACUCUAAGUCGCCAUCUACCCAUGGAGCUAGCGGUGCAAGUUUCCAAUACACACAGCACCCCAAUCAGAAUGCCUGUGUGGAAACGUCGUCCAGGAAAUACGCAUCUAGUCAUCUUCCUCUUGUAUGAUACAACAGCACAAGAGCUCGAGAAGACACAGCAAACUUUACAGGAGUCGCUUCCGGCAAUGUUUCCCGCCGAGAAGAUGGUCAAAAGACUGUCAGAAGGGAAGUGGAUCUCUGAGACUGAGCCUUGGUAUACCGAGACUCCCGAUAUGACCCUGGAGCUGAUCCCAUGGGACCGGCACCGCAUGAAGACCCGACUGGAUCUCAUGGACUUCUGGGAGGAAUAUCGUCUUUGGGAUGCAGAACUAGGGGCAAGACCUGGAAUCAUGCCUCUGAUAUUUCUGCGCAAGCCUUUGUCUGAUCUCGAUGAGGCCCAGUUCAACGUUUUGACCAUCAAGUCUGCCUACCCAAGCCCGGUCGCCAUGAGACAUAUGGUAUUUGGGGAUCUCUGCACAGACAUGGAAAGAUUUGGAUGUGUUGAUGCUUAUAGAGGAGCUUUUGAGAAUGGCCCCCGUAAAAAGGGCGCUGAAGAAGAAUUAUGGCACCCGGAACAACCCUUCUUCAUCAACCCACCCACGUGGUUACCUGCCAUCAGGACAAAUUGGAUUCGAGUUGUGUUUUCCCUCACGAAUCAGUUGACCGAAGCCGGAAAACAGAGUCUAAAGGGGAUUAUGUUAGCAUUUGAUGAGUCGGAUGGAUCUGACUCUGAGGUUGACUCCCGAAAUGAAGAACCAAGGCCUGAGUAUUCAUUCAUACACUGGAAGAGCGAUACUGACAUGGUCGAUGGAAAGGUGAAAGACAUCUGGGACAUUGUCCAGGAUCUUCACUUAUAUCCCAAGACCAGCAACACAUGCCCACUGUAUUUCAUUUGUGUCGAUCGACAAUUUGAAAUUGAUCAAACGGUCAUUCAGAUCGUAGCAGACGAGUACAAGUCUGAUCCCGGCCAUGAUCUACUUCAUCACUUGCGUUUCCCGGGGUUGAGAGGGUUCAGGUAUAUGCGUGUCCCGGCUCAUUUGGCAUACUCUGAGAAUAAAAACCGAUUGAUGGAUCAUGGAACCCACCUUGAAUGGUCAAUUUACCGAAGAGAAGGUUGGCCGGCACCGGGGAUGUUACCAGAUGACCUGCUGGAAGUCGAGGCGGAAUAUGUUAACGGGGAAGCCUCCCCUUGA